GGCCGGUGGGCGGGGCAAGCCAAGAGGAAUGUGGGGCACCCGCCCCUCCCUGCGUGCUCUAAGCUAUAAGGCCUCCAAAGAGGAAGGGCCCUCCCUCCUCCAGAGACACCCCAAGAUGAAGACGAUCCUGCUGCUGUUCAUCACCCUGGCUGUGGCCAUGGGGCCAGCCCGGGGUCUCCGCUGCCACGUGUGCAGAAGCACCACCAACUGCAAGAACCCGCAGGCGUGCGCGGCCAGCGCCCGCUUCUGCCGGACCCGCACCAACGUGGAGCCUCUGAGCGGGAACCUGGUGGAGAAGGACUGCGCGGACUGGUGCAGCCCCACGUACAGCCUGCAGGGCCCGGUCAGCAGCGGCGCGGCCGCCACCCUGUGCUGCCAGGGCGAGCUGUGCAACGAGCAGCUGCGGAGCGCCGCGGCCGCCCGCACCCCAGGCCGCCCCGCCGCGCGCCUGGCGCUGGCCCUCAGCCUCCUCGCCCUGCGCCCGUAG